AGUGUGAUUGCUGGAUUCUCAUUAGGUUUUGAUUACUCAGAAAACCAUUUCUGUCAGACUAAUUGAUAGCCUAGAAGACAACUUUUUUCCAGUGCUAUCAUGCAUAUAGUAUUGGUAUUGUUGCUUUGUUAUUUAAUUCUUCUUUUUUCAGGCUGCCCGAGCACGUCUGAAAAACUCUGGUCUAUGGAAAAAAUGAAAACUUACUUCUGCCUUAUCAAGAAUCUCCGGCCGAUACUGACAGACGAAAGCCACCUGAUCCUUGUCCGCUAUUAUCAGAUGCAGAGGCAGAGUGACUGCCGGAACGCAGCCCGAACCACAAUCCGCCUAUUAGAGAGCUUGAUACGGCUUGCCGAAGCACACGCUCGAUUGAUGUUCAGGGAAAUUGUAACUGUGGAAGAUGCAGUAACUGUGGUUUCAGUGAUGGAAUCCUCCAUGCAAGGAGGUGCACUUCUUGGUGGUGCCAAUGCACUCCACACUUCAUUUCCUGAAAAUCCAGGGGAGCAAUACAAAAUACAGUGUCAACUAAUCUUGAAGAAGCUGGAGCUGCAGCACCUUCUGCAGGAGGAAUUAAAAAGGCUUGACAGAUUACAGAAUGGAAAUUCAGGCCCGUCUCUGCAGUGCAAGGAAGCAUCUUUAGAUAAUCACACAUUUGGGAAAUUGGAGCAGAGGAUUCAUUCCCAGCAUUCAGACAACAAGGAAAAUAAUAGUCAUUUGCAACCUUUGUCAUCCAAAAUAACUCCUGAGGCUGAUACGCAUCUGGGAUUCUCAACCAGACAAGUAUCUGAUGAUGCCCAAGCAAGAGAGAAAUUGAACAGCCUUCAUGAGAACAGCUAUGAUAACACCUUGAACUGGUUUGAUAGUAUAGCAGAAGGUAAUAUGGAAACUGAGAAGGUCACUUGUAAUUUUCCAGUUGCAGUAACAUCUCAGGACAGUCUGGCUUUGGAAGCAACAAGUAGUGGAUCUUCUAAAGAGACCAACUGUUUAAGAGAAGUUGAGCAAGCCAAGAAGAGGGAAUCACUGACAAAAAAAGAUCAGGGGACUUCUUGUAUACAGGCUAGUUUGGCCCUUGAGAGGACAGAAAAGCCUAUAAACUCCCCUUCAGGAGCAAGAUACAAGGGUCCAAAUGCUACACCUAGCACACCUGAUCCAGUCAUUACUCAAAGGGCCUCUAAGAAGUGGCGGAAGAUGAAUAUUGAAAGGAUCCAGGGGUUUUGUGCAAGUAUAGCAGAUUCCAAGGCUUCUCAUCCUAUAAUUGUCCCACAUUGUCCUAUAAAAGACACAAAUGCUUCCCUGUCUCACAAUGUGCCUUCAAGGCAUUUGACAUCAACAACUUUAAACCGGAAGCGAAAUAGAGACCAAACAAACAAAGGAAGAAGUUGCAAUGAACGUGAGGUCCUUGAGAACUCAGAAGCUGCUCCUGCUAAGCUCGCUAAAUUUUCCUUUCAACAAAAGCCUAAGCUUGCUCUUUCUCCUCAAAAUGAGGUACAUCACAAAUUACCUGAGACUAUUUUCAGCCCUGAUUCUUUUACACAAAAUACAUCAAAAGAAGAAAGACUGAGGAAAGAAGAUCUUGACAAAUACCAGGAAAGCCACAGUCUUAACCCAGGAAAUAAGUGCAAGGAAAAACAAGCCUGUAAAAACAAGAAAGAGGAAGACAAGCCAAAGCCAAAUAAAGCCAUUCCUUUCAUAAAUAAGACAGGGACAAGAAUAGAAACACCGGAUAGUCGAGGCUCAAGAAAAGUGUGCCCGAGUACUUUAGCAAAGUUAGCAAAAUUUGCCUUUACGCCAUCGGAUGAAUCUCCAGUUUCCUUGAAUAUCGCCAGUAAUGAUGAGGUGAGAGAAAGGCAGCCAUUGAGGACCCAGAAAGAUUGCGCAGAACGCACCCGGAAGUGCUUUGAAUUAGGAAAGGCCAACAGAGUUACAGGGAAAUCGUUGUUCUCAGUAACUGAUUUGGAUGAUGCAGUGUUAGACUUUGACUGGGAUGAAGAGAUUCAGAAAAAUGCUAAAUCUUAAAGUUUAAGGUCUGCUACCUUCUCAAAAAUAUAUUGUGUUACUUUUAUAAUUGGUUUAAUUUUUGAUAUGGGAAUAAUGCUGCAACUAAUAAGCAACCUCACAGACUCUUUAAAAAUUGAAUCAGGUUCUAAAAAGAGCACGCUUCUACAUAUCAGCUAAAACCUGGUGCUGUUGGAGUGUUGUGCUCAAAGUGAAAUAAACUUAGUGCUCUCUUGGAAGGCUCCAAGUCAUCUAGGUGCAGACAGCAGGCUUGAAAAAUAAAUCUCUUCCUGGUUUUUCUCUUCACUGAGAUGUAGUCUAAAGCUCUGCAGUAUUGGGGAAUGUGGUAGUGGAUUGGGAGUCUCUCUCUUGUUAAUGUCUGUUUAAGCAUAUGCACCUGAUGGGCACAUUAUGUCAAAUUGUUGGGUUAUGAUGUCACAUUCUUGCAUCAUUGUGUGUCAUGACUUGUACGGUAUCACUUGCCCUCCUUCCUGCAGAAGUCCUAUGAUAUUAAGAUCUUUCCAACUGUGAGCUCCAGAUUUUGGGAGGACAUCCUUCAGAGGCUGGAGUUUAUGGUGGGUUGGGGGUGUUUGUCCAUGAUCAGGACAUUGUCUAGAGUUGACAGAGGAGAGGCAUAAAACUGCAGCCUUAAGGAAGUGAAGUUUGCAGAACUAGUAUGGAUAAGCAGUUUGAAAUGCAGUGAGCGAGACACUGUUUUACUUGGAUUUUUCCCUAAGGUACAUAAAUCCAUUGACUCUUCAGUUAGCAUAUUUGGGUGAAAUUGUGAGAGGAAGAAUCACUAGUAAAGAAGCAUGUUAAGUUUUUUUCAUUACUUUAGUUUUCUUCUUAGCAUCCUGAAGAAAUGUGUGAUUCUAUCAGGUUUUCAAUUAUUUGUUAUUCAGAUAAAAUGAACUUCCAAAUCCUUGAAAAGUGGUAGUAUGUGUAUGUGGGGUGGUCCUCCCCUCUUCCUUUUAACAUUUGGCUUUACUGUCUAGCUGCAUUGCAGUGAUCUAUGACUUUUAUUAAUUCACUAGAUAUUAUUUGGUAACAGAUAGCAUUUAUUAUGUUUGGUUCAGGAAGGAGCUUCCUUUCUUUGUUCAAUUGGACAGUUAAGGCUGCUAAAGUUUGUAAGCCAGUGUAGCUAUUUAAAUGAUUGAAUCGGUAAUUUACUUCAAUUAAAUGUAUGAUUAUCACUGCUUUCCUCCAAUAAAAUGUCAGCUAAUACCUCUCCUCGGUCCAGUUACUUAGAAAAUACUGUGUUGUAUUUGUAUGAGAAAUUUAGUACCAUGCUUUGCUUUUCAGAGGAUGUAUAAAAAUGCUAUCGGGCUUCCUCUCCCCAGUUCAAUAAUCCAGUGAAAUUCUAGUAAAUGCUGUGAUUGUAUAUUGGAAAAAUCAUAUGUGAUAGCAUCUGCUUUUGCUUUCCUUGUAUUGUGUAGGAUCUAUCCUGAAAUUUCUGGUGGUUUUGUGAAAUUUAAUGUUGAAGACUGAUCUCUUACUGAUUUAGGCACAAGUUAAGGUGUCAGUGUCACAGUCUCAUUCUUAAACCCCUUGUCUGCACAAGGCCUUUGAGUACAGAUGGAUCACCUACAAAUAGAGAACGUUUCAGGGUCAUCCUGAAAUGUGAAAAGUUAUACUGCUAAGGGAAUUAAUAAAACAUCAAGCAAAUCUCCCAAGUGAUGUUGAAGAGUAUUGGGUAUUGGAGAGAAAGCAUGUAUUGAUGAAAGUUUAGGUGUUAAAUGUUCAUAAUUUAACUCACUAAUUCCAUUAAUAAUAAAUCUAGCACUUUUAUCCACUGGAUACUAAUAUUAGCUGUAUUAUAAAUUGUCAGAACUUCCAGUUAUUUAUGAGAAUUGCAGAAACUCUGUUCGAAUGAUGCUGUUUUUUUCUUUAUGGGAAUUCGUGCAUUCAGUAUAUCAAGGAAGUCCUUACAUUUUUUUCCAUUGACUUUUUCUGCCCUCUUCUGCCCUGGAAUUUUGUUUUAUGCAUCUUUGUGCACAUUGGUGGAGAUUUAAGUAAUAGUAAAUACUUAAUAUUGACUUUUGCUCAUUAUUCAGCUACUGAUGGCAAGUUUGUAUCUCUAGAAAAUCUUUUUUCUUAUAGUGGAAUUCUUCAGUCUCUGGUAACACAAUCUCAUGAUUCUCAGGUAGCAUAUCCCUCCUUUGCAUUAGAGAGAAAGGUCUGGCCAAGAAGAUCUUUCCUCAGUGUGUGCACAGCAGUCCACCUCUGUAGUUACCCUGCGAUUAGAAAGAACUCAGAAGUGUGGCUUCUCCACUGCAGCUUCUGCGCUAUGGAACAUGCUCUCCCCUGAGAUCCAACAGGCUCCCACCCUUUUAACCUUCAGGAGAGGGCUUAAGAUCUGGCUCUUCCCCUAAGCUUUGGAUAGGAUGUGGUCAGAGUGGGAUGAGAAUGUAGUGAGUGGCAUCAAGGAAGUGUGGUUGUGGCGCUAGGUUUUUCUGUUUUGGCUUUACUGGUUCUUAUGUUUUUAUUUAUUGUGUUUUUAUUGUUGUAUAUAUUGGUUUAUUUUGGGGCUGUAAGCCACCCAGCGUUUGGCUUCAAGAACAGCAGUUAUGCAAACAUUAUAAACAAACAAACAAAUAAAUAAAAGGAGCCAUUCCAGCAUAGAUGUUUGCAGAGAACAAGGGAAGGAAGAGGCAAAAUGUGUUGCAAUAUCAUGAUGCAAACUCUGUCCCCAUGUGCUUGUGUACAGUCUUGCAAUGCAAGUAUGAAAGGGCAGAAUUCAUGUCAUGACUUACCAACACAUGGUUUGACUUUUGGCAUGAUUGUGGUUAGGAACCAAUGUCUAUGGGUUCUGGAUGUGUGUUGUGAUUAGAUCAGGCAAAACAGGUUCUGCCAGCUCCAGAGUCCCAUUGGUACCUAGAAACACACCCUUCACAAUUAUUUUCUGACCCCUGGAAACAAUGGAUGGAAGAUUCACCAGACAGUGAAAGUAGAAGACACCAUUCUAGCUAUCAUUCAGAAGGGCAUUGCAUUUCAUUAUUCUUCCACAGAUUGGGGUUCUUCCGUCACCACAAGAUUGCUCUGCCCUUGAUUGGUCACAAGCAAGGAUGCAGUUUAUGGACCAGAAUCUCUGUGCAUGAGUUCAUCAUUGUCAUCCAUGAUUUUUUAUCCAUCUCUAGGCCAACUCAAUAAUGUUCACUUACUCGGUCCAAAAGAAUACAGCAUACAAAUGACUGAAAGCAAAGUGAGGUUUUAAGUGAGGAGUUCAGUACAAUAUAAUUUCAAAGGCCAGUGUAAUGGAUUCUGAAGCAUGUUGCUGUUUCUCAUGAAAAAGAGGGGUGGGGUAGGUGAACUUUGGCUUUCAAACAGGCUUGAAAUGCCUUUUAGUCCUUGAGCUAUGCAAAAUCAAAAUACCUUUCUUUAGGUUUGAAAUCUCUUACUUUCUGUGGGCUAGGCAAAAGACCUAAGGUUAAUUUAGUUUCAGUAAUUGUGGUUAGCAAACUUUCUAGUCUUACAGAUUUCCCAGCCUUCAACAUUGCAUAAAAAAAUCACUUCUUGUUAUCAUGACCAUUUUCAGGUAGUUUGAAUUUGAUAGUAAUAGUAGUUAGGAGACAGUACAGAUUUGACUGAAGGUGAGUUUUCCAUUACUGCAGUAUGAAAUAAUGACUUAUAAAAGAUUUAUCUUCCAAAACCCUGCAAGUAUACAUUGCCUUCCCUGCAGUUUUUGUAUUGAGGCUUGUCACUCAAACUUAAGGUGGAACAAAACGAAGCAAAUACAACAGUAUCUGUAUUGUGUUUUGAAAAGACAUUUUCCAACCACCAGGAGGUGUUCUAACUAUUGGACAUCUAACAGCAAAGCCUGACCUCUCUCUCUCUAUUUCCCUGCUUCCUUUCUCCCGAACGGUAGCAGCAUCUGUAAUACUCUUUUCUUAGGGCUGUAUUCCAUGCAUAUAGUGAAUUGUUCUAAUGCAGUAGUAAAUGUGUUUGUUUUUAGAGCAUCACAAGAGUGUUUUACUGCUUUUGCCACAACAUAUCAGCAGUAUCAUAGAUCCCUGGAAAACUCAAAAGUAACAUGUCUGGC